AUGUUACAGAAUUUGCUACUAUUACUAAUCGUCUUAUGUCUCCAUCGUUUGCCCAUACUGACCCAAGGAUCAAAUCAACAUGAAAGAAAGCCAUAUAUUGUAUACAUGGGAGAACUACCAGCAGCAAGAACUUAUCCCGUGGAAUACCAUCACGACAACUUGCUUGCAUCUGCGAUUGGAGACAAGCAGUUAGCCAGAGAGUCCAAAAUACAUAGCUACGGAAAGAGCUUCAACGGAUUCGUUGCACGACUUUUGCCACAUGAAGCAGAGAAACUGAAAGAGGAGGACAAUGUGGUAUCCGUGUUUCCAAAUACAUACCGUAAAUUACACACAACAAGGUCAUGGGAUUUUCUGGGAAUGCCCUUAAAAGUAAAGAGAAACCCCAACAUAGAAAGUCAUAUCAUUGUGGGCAUGUUAGAUACAGGUAUUUGGGUUGAUUGUCCCAGUUUCAAUGAUAAGGGGUAUGGACCUCCCCCCAAUAGAUGGAAGGGAAAAUGUGUAACGGGAGCCAACUUCACUGGCUGCAACAACAAGGUGAUUGGAGCAAAAUACUUCAAUCUUGACCCAAGCGGUCCUGAAACUGACAAUCUUAGUCCGGUGGACGAUCAGGGCCACGGCACUCACACCGCCUCCACAGCUGCCGGCGUGGCGGUGAAGGAUGCAAGUCUUUAUGGCAUUGGCAAAGGAACCGCACGCGGUGGCGUCCCUUCUGCUCGCAUUGCCAUGUACAAAGUUUGCUGGAGCAUUGGUUGCAGCGACAUGGACAUGCUGGCUGGCUUCGACGAGGCCAUAGCUGACGGCGUUAACUUCAUAUCAGUUUCCAUUGGAGGGCCAUCACGUGACUUUUUCAGUGACCCAAUAGCCAUUGGAGCAUUUCACGCUAUGAGGAAAGGGGUUCUCACUUCUUGCUCAGGUGGAAAUGAUGGUCCUCAACCUAUGACAGUUGAGAACGUUGCACCCUGGAUUUUGACGGUGGCAGCUUCCACAGUUGAUCGGCAGUUCACGACGAUGGUAACAUUCGGUGACGGAAAGAACAUUACAGGACUAUCUAUUAAUACCUUUUCACUAGAGAAAAACAUGUAUCCAUUGAUUAAUGGAAUCCUUGCUGCGAACGGUAGUGGAGAUGGCUAUGGCUAUGGCAGUGCUAGUGGUUGUGAUUAUGGGACUCUAAGCGAGGACAAGGUGAAGGGCAAAAUAGUGUACUGCGUUGGAGGUAUGGGUAGUCAGGACUUGACCAUCAAAGAAUUAGGGGGAGCAGGGACAAUCAUAGGCCUUGAAGAGAAAAUAGACGCUUCCUACACCACAGUUAUUCCAGGGACCUUUGUUGAAGCCAAUACCAUGGGCAAAACCAUCGAUCUCUACAUCAAUUCAACUAAGGAUGCUCGAGCUGUUAUUUACAAGACAACAAGUAAAAGAACACAUGCUCCAUAUCUUGCUUCUUUUUCAUCCAGAGGUCCUCAACGUAUCACACCCAACAUCCUCAAGCCUGACUUGGCUGCCCCAGGAAUGGACAUACUAGCUGCUUAUUCCAAACUGGCAACAAUAACAGGGUACCCUGAAGACAACCGUUAUGAUGUUUAUAAUAUAUUAUCAGGAACAUCUAUGGCCUGCCCACAUGCCAUUGCAGCUGCUGCUUAUGUCAAAUCCUUCCACCCUGAUUGGAGUCCUGCUGCAAUUAAAUCUGCUCUCAUGACCACAGCUACUCCUAUGAAAGUCAGUGACGAUUAUGCCGAGUUGGGAUUUGGGUCAGGACAGAUUAGUCCAGUAAGAGCAGUGCAUCCUGGCCUACUAUACAACAUCCAAACGAACUCCUACAUUGCCUUCUUAUGCAAGCAAGACUACAACAGCACUAACAUAGGUACACUAAUUGGUAACAAAAGUUUCGAUUGCGCAAGCAUUAAGCCUGCGCGAGGCACUGAUGGAAUCAACUACCCUAGCAUGCAUAUCCAGCUCCUCAGUGCUUAUUCUAGAAUUUCUGCAGUAUUUCAUAGGACUGUAACUAAUGUAGGAUAUGGAACUUCAACCUAUAAGGCUAAAGUCACAGCACCCAAGGGUCUUUCUGUAGAGGUUAUCCCAAAUACAUUGCAGUUUAGUCAGUUACAUCAAGACCUGUCAUUCAAGGUUGUCCUGAAGGGGCCACCAAUGCCCGAUGAGACACAAAUAUUAUCUGCAUCACUUGAAUGGAAUGACUCUAAACACAGUGUCAGAAGUCCAAUACUUGUCUUGAAGCCCACUUCAUAACCUAGGAAUUUAAGUUCAACAGUUUUUUUUUUUGUUUUUUGUUUUUUUUUUCAUAUUAUGUAUAUUUAAUUAGUUAUUUGCCUUAGUUUAAUGAAAAAGAAAUUUAGAUGCACCAAUGAUCAAUUUAUUGGGUGCUAAUGACCAACAUAAACUCAUGCAUUACCCUGAUCUAGUAAUUUUUCUCCUACUUUUUUUUUUUCUCCUUUAAACAAAUGACAGUACC